CACAGAUCCGUGAACCCUUGUCAGUACGUGACAUAGUUUAGUCACAAAUUGACAAUAUUGCGAGCAUGCAAACUCUCCGGUGCAUUCAUCGUGCGGUUGCAGGGCCAGGUCGACCGCGUAUUGGAUUCACUUCCAGGAGCAUCACUGGGGCAACACCUCCUUCUACGCCAUGGUUCAUUGAUACCGAAGGUCCAGUCCAAUCAAUAACUAGGCAUACUCCUCCUCACCUUGCUCCAAAAACCCACGAGCUUCCCGAAAACACCUCCGCCGGGAUAAGACAGCUAUUUUUGCAGCUCAGUAAAUCCCCUUUGCUAGAGCCGUCGACUUUGAGUGUCGAACGACCUGUCGCCGCUCUUCCUGGUCCUCCAUUACCUCGAACAUUACCCAAGGGCCGCCGGAAACGCGGGCGCACAUACUCUGGUGAAGGUCUUGUUGAAGAGCCUGGAGGUAUAUGGGACUGGGUAGUCACUGCUCAAGUGAAGGAAGGUACCGAAAACCGAGGAUCGAUAGAAGUUGUCAUACGUCAAGUGCGAAAAACUCUGUUGUCUAUGGACCCACCGUUGCCCCUUCCACCCAAUUCUAAGCGGAGAAUGCUCAAUGGGUGGGCUAUGAUUGAUGCAGGCAAAUUUGCAGUCCAUAUAUUGAGCCGUGAUGCGCGGCGGAAAUAUUUUGAAAGAUCAGCUGCUGAGUGGUAGUUUAGCGACACGCUAAUCAUUGUCCAAUCUACCCUUCUAAUGUUACAGAAUUUUAAUGCAUGUCGCAACGACUCAGAUGAUUAACCGCUUUUCCA